AUGGAAAGCUCGACCUUUCGCCUAGCUGCAGAUCCUGAGACUCGUGGCUGCCUUCGUGGACGGUUCAACGUCUCCACCUCAUUGCCGGAGUCCCAGGCCUUCUCUGUGCAAGAUUACCGAGAUGACUCCGCGGAGGGAAAAAAGUCAGGAGCUUUGACUGCACUGGCCGUGGUGGGGCUGGUCUUCGGCUUCGGUGAAGGGAGAGAUGCAUACCAAGAGCAGCAGGUGGUGCCUCCAAACUGGAUCUUCAGUGACACUCAUGACAGUGAUGUGGUGGCAGCCCUGCGGGAGGUGGGAAUCUUGGAAGAGCAGCAAGGCUUUUGGGCCUCCAUCUUCCCCCAGAGCGAGAUGCGCGCAGUGCAGCGCUUGACGGCCUGCCAGCCACACGGCAAACGCGGCGGGCGAACGUGGCGGGUUGGCGUGGCCAUGGGGGCAGUUGAGGAUAAGGCGCUCCCAGAAGUGCGUGAACGCUUCACGAGGCUUGGAUACGGAGAAGCUGAAGUCCAAGGAGUCUUGGGCUGGAUCCAGGACUUGGCACCCAUGUGUAUCCACAUUCACAUCGACGAUGUGGGGCGCUUUCUUGAGACGGACGAGUUCUAUCGCAGUCAGUUCGAAACUGGAACCUCUUGUGGUGCCCUGGACGACAAGAACCAGAUUCGAAAGGACUGGGAAACCGAUUUGUUCGGCGGUGCCUAUGACGACGCCAAAGCCUUCGAGCGCUGCAAGUACGGCGCGCUGGGUGUGAUGAAUGACUAUCGCGGCAUCACGUCGGCUUAUCAGUAUGGCGAUUCCUACCUGGUCUUGAAGGACGUUCGCUUGCGGGCCACCUUUGCAGCAACAGACAGCGGAGGCAUCCAAGGGUCACGCUUGGCCGUGCUGGAUAAGUACGCCCAUGUGUUGAAGGAGUACAACGACAACGAGCUCCAUCGCCUGGUGGAAGUUGCCAUGGCGAACACCUCCAUGGAGGACGUGCCGCGGAUGCAGCCCCGGCUGCUACGAGGCCUGACUGCGGAUACGACCAACGACUGGGUCACCAUGGGCUUCCCAGACCUUCCACAGAAGAAGGGUCGUUACUUCUUCGAAGUCGAGCUGCAUUUUGGCGUCGAAUCGCCCCAGGUAGGUUUGCUCGCCAGCCGCUUCGAACUGGCUCCCAGGACGAAGGGGCUGCAUUUGUUGGGCGUUGGCGAUGAUCAGCAUGGCUGGGGAGCAGAUGGGCAACAUUCGAUCCUGUGGCAUGGAGGUCGCAAGAUGGCAUGGAACCGCACCUGGAAAACUUCUGGACGUCAGUUGAGUGAACAGGUGGUGGUCAGUGUGGCUGUGGAUAUUGAGGCUGGCAAGAUUUGGUUCGCCACGAACGGAGAAUGGGAUUCAGAGGCCGAGCCCAGCUUCGGCCCUGCAGUGGUGCCUAGAAGCGCUGCAAUGUAUCCCGCGGUGUCCUUCAAGGGCCGUGCCGCCUUCAAUUUCGGGCCCGAGUUCAAGCACGAUCCGCCCAAGUUCAGCUGCAAAGCUGCCCUCGCAGCGACUAAAGGCGGGGUGCCACUUCGUGGAGCUAACACCGCCCCCACCAACCGUCAAGUCGCAGCCCAACACGGCGUGAUUGGUGGUACCGCUGCGCAGGCACUUCCAGAGCCAGAGGUCACGAAACAGCCAAAACCUUCCACAACUUUUGACUUGCCAGGUAAAGCAUUUGCAGCUUGGCCCGGGAUGCCGGAUGGCAAACUGCGGGCGGACUGUCCCAUCAUUGGCAACUCCAACAACGUGCCAUGGCGCGCAAUGAUCCAAAUCCAUGGAGAGGUGAGCUUGAAGCGCAACGUGCAGAGGCUGGUGGCGAACCGCAAGCACCUGGAGAUGUCGAAGAGCGACCGCACCUGGGCCAUUUGCGUGGACGGCCUGGGAAGCGCCGACGGCACCUACGACCGCGUUGGCGCGAAGAACGGGAAGGCAUGGUACAAGCAGCAGGACGGCAAUUGUCACCAGAUCCUCUUCGAUGCCGAUGCGGAGAAAUGGAAAAUUAUUCAUCAGGACGCGCCAGAGUUGUGGCUCGCCGACGCUCCUCCGGUGAAGAACAGCUUCGAACCUCCGCGACACCAGUGGUCCGUGCCGUCCACGAAAAGGGGACGCAUGCCCGUGUCCCUCUUCAAGACGGCCUGUGCUGAUGCCAAGAUCAGUAGCGAGGUCCAGGAUCACAUUUGCCAGGCUCUUGGCAAGAAAUCUGCUGGAAGUUCUGAGAUGGACAUCUUCCGCAUCGACGAAGAUACCAGCUUCGAAGAUGAGUGGACAAAGCUUCAAAGGGAGAACAAGGUGCAGAUGACUGCAGAGGAUUUCUGGGCACUAUGCGUGAAGAAGAAACACGAAGAGAUUCUGGCAGGAAAGAAGUUAAAGGACCUGCAGGUGGUCGAAUCGCCUCAUCCCUAUCCUGCGAAGACUCAUUCCUGGACCAAAGACAUCUACCUACCCAAUGCCUCCAAAUUGCGCGUCUCCUUUGACCCGCGCUGCGCCACCUUAGACGACUGUACCACCUUCAGAGCCUUCUCAGGGGGCCUCAGUAAGAGCUUGGCCGGCGUCGGCGCGCGGGCGCACUUGAAGGCGAUCUCAGGUGUGGACCAGGUACAUGGCACUAUGGCGGGCCAAGCAGAAGGUGGCAAGUGGAGCCUUCGCCGCGUUUGGUGGUGUACCAUGUGUACCUUCACCUUAGAGACCUUGCAGGCCUUGCAGGGGAGUGGCUUGACGCAGCAGAAGGGCGACAUUGCACUGUACACGGAGAGCCUCGGAGAGGAGAUCGCUGGCUUCACUUUCAACGAGGCCUGUCCCCUGUCGCCCUUCAGCAUUUCGGGCUUCGCGAACCCUGGCGGCCCGGCACAGAUGAAAGGCGUCUUCACCGGUUGGUUCAUCGAUGUGAUCCAUCUCAUCAAGCAAAAACCCUUCAAAGACCUGAAAGACGAGGAAUAUGGCCCAGUCCCCAAAAAUUUGACGGAGAUAGCGGAGAACAUCGAGGGCUUCAAGAAACGAUUGGAGGCCUUGAGAGAGGUGAAGAACAUAAAUGUGACCUUCUACAACGGCCUGGACUUCCAGCUGCUUCCCAUCUGCCAAGUGACCUACAAAGGAAAGAUCUCCGAGGAGAUCAGUGGAAUGAUGAGCCAAGGCGGCACGCUGGUCUUGGGCGACCUGUCGGGGAAUGGCCCCGCAAAGGAAGCGGGCGUCAGGAGCGGCUGGCACGUGAGUCUCCAUGAGACCUUCAAACGGGAUGAGAACAAGCGCGCGUUGCAAGAUCUUACGCCACAGCAGGUGUUGGAAGAUCCAGAGCGACUUCGGCAACUCGCGGGGAUCACCCUGAUGCUGGAGCCUGCGAAUGCUGAGCCACAAGAGUUCUUCUGCGGCAAAGAAACCAGCGGCUGGACUGACUUUGUCAUGCCGUCGAACACGGGGCAGUUUGUCUUCCAAAGUGAUGGCGAUGGAGGCGAUUCCCCGGAUGAGCGUUGGGGCGUGUUUGCUGUCAUCACCUCCGCAGCAGAUCCAGCGCCCAGCCAGCAGGUCAUUUCGGAGCUAGCGGAUGCCUAUGCGGAAGCAGAUCGUUCCAUCGUGGGCUUCAGUGCAAAGGGCGUCUCAGUAGAACCGGAGGAGCUGAUGAUGGGAGUACAGACGUCGGGUAAAGAUUGGGACGAAGCGCGCUUGAAAGCCCUCUGUGCCCGACACGGCUGGGAGUUCGAAUGGAUGACGGAGGAUGGAGAGCGGCAACGUCGCAUCGAGGGAGCUGCACGGGCAAGGAAAGAAGCCAAGGAGGGACAGGAUGUCAAUUCCAAGGCCACCCGCUCCCAACUGCCCGGCUGGUGGCGCUUGGAUUCCAUGGCCAAAGCCUUCACCUUUCAGGCACAAGAUCAACAACAGAUGCCUGGAGCAACAGCUGGGAGGCUGACAUUUUUGGGGGAAGAUGAGUUUCCUCCACGAAACAAUGGAAGAUGA